GUUACUAGUAAUGUACAUCGAUGUCUACUGUAUUUUUUUGGCUCUGCUUACCUCUACAGUAGCAACGCCUACACUCUCUACAGAUGUAUCCAGUCUUGUUGUUACACGUACUCUUGGCGUCUUUCGUGUUUCGUGCCUCCGCUACCCCACCUCUUCCGCAUUACACUUCCCAACAACACCCAACCCACUGCUGAUAUCAACAUGGCUUCUCGUGGAGGCAGUACUAGCAUGCAUUUCCCAAGAGGAGGUGGGCGUCCAAGAGGCGCAGCAGGACGUAUCCAGCGUGCCAAAACACAUGUUAUUCCUUUCACAGAUCGCGCCGGGCGACAAGCGCUCAUCGUGUUUUACGGCAGGGAGUCCUGCCCGCUCCCGCCACUUUUUGGUUUUGCCAUGUACUUUACACAUCCUGACGCAACUCCGGAUACUGUCAAGCCAGUUGAACUUAUGGAAGCCAUCAAGCGCAAGACACCGCUCGAGAACGGGUGUUCAAUUCGUCUGGAACUCUAUUUCGAUGCGGUCACAGAUGACGAUUGCAUUGCUCAUUAUCUCAGAGAGAAGGCUGCACGAGGAGAUUACAGACGUCAAAUCCAAAAUCUCGAGACCUCGGACGAUACUGAAGGGCAGCAAGGCGGAGUCGGGCGGUUACCUGGUCUAGUGCCUAGCUACAUCGAUGUGCCCGACGUCGAAUACCAUCACGGAGUGCUCUUUAAUUAUCCAGGCGCAGACUGGCGCACAGACAAGCUUCCAGCGCGUCGUAUCUUCUUUGAUCCGAUUUCCGAGGAGGAAUAUGCUCGCACAGGAGAAUCAGAUGUCCUUCCCCCUGUAUACGUGUCCUCUAUGCCAGUGCAGGCAAGCGAUACUGCCGAAGAUGGAGUAAGUUUUGUGGGCAUGGCCAUGUUUGAGCUCUCAAACGCAAGAACUAAGAACGAGACGACCGGUCCCUGGCAAGACGCUAUCGAGCGAGGCUGGACGUCAUGGUGAUUACCACUCUAUCUAUUUGCGCUUCCAGUAGACUGUGUUAAAGUCGAAAAGUAAGCAUAUAUACAUAUUGUGUCAAAUUGGUCCUGAUUUGGAAGGGGUGGGAUGACUUGCAAAGAUCGUGUUCCAAAGACAGUACUUACGUAUGUCGGGAAACGGAAGAGCUUCAGCUAAGCCAUUACCAACAAAGGGUUCGUCUACAGCAGACAUUGAAUGAGUGUUAGGAGAGGUAGCAUUGGCAUCUGACAUUUCUUAUGCUACGCGAUUGCACCAGCGAUUUCCAUCUUGAAUGCAAGUUUUGUUGAAGUAGUAGUAAAGCAGCG